AUUGCAGAGAGGGUGGUAUUUUUAAUGGUUUAGCAAGAAAAAAAAAAAAAUUAAUAGAGUAAAGCAUCUAGUAACAGGAAGAUCCUCCGACUACAAGUGGAGCUCUCUUCUCUUUGUAUUCUGUUAUCGGUCUCUGGCUAUGUCUCUUGACUCGCACAUAGAAACUGUGCUAUGGACCAAGUUCCAAAUCUCCAAACGAGUAACCGAGCUUGCUUAUGAAAUCACUACCAAUUUUGCCUCGAUUUCUCCGCCUCCGGUUAUUGUAGGAGUGGCCACCGGCGCUUUCUUGUUCUUAGCCGACUUAGUCAGGCAAAUUCACUUGCCUGUUUCCGUUGAUUUCAUUCGCGCUGAAUCCUAUGGCUCCGGCACCCAAUCCACCGGUGCUCCCGUCAUUUCCAUGGACUUGAAGCUCGAUGUUAGUGGCAAACACGUUAUUCUGGUUGAGGACAUUGUAGACACAGGAAGCACUAUGUCUAGUCUCAUUGAACAUUUGAGGUCAAAGGGAGCAUCCUCUGUAUCAGUUUGCACUUUCCUUGACAAGCCAGCAAGAAGGAAAGUCCAUUUUGAACUAGUUGGUGAUGGGAAGUACUACCGAGGAUUUGAGUGCCCAGAUUACUUUGUUGUGGGUUACGGUAUGGACUUCGCUGAACUAUACAGGAAUUUGCCUUAUGUUGGUGUCUUGAAGCCUGAACGUUAUAAGUGAUUUGAUUUGAUAUCAAACACUGUUACUGUUCACUUCCAUAAUCUUAUUCUAAAUUGAAAAUUUGUUGGCAUUGCAGAUUGGUAUGAUUGUUUAUCUCGUUACAGAUUACAUAAUUAUUUCUGCUAAUCUGAGAAGGCAAUCGCCUUCUAAUUUUGGUCACUCUUAUACUUUUUGUCUUGAAUGAACUCUUUAAGAUUCUAUGCUUAUUGAAUAACUUUAUGCUGA